AUCUCCGCCUCGUCCGUCGCCUCUGCUUCUGCUGCUCUCCUCUUCUUCUCUCCGCCCUCGCGACUCUCAUUUCUCGCCAGCAGCCUCGCAGCGCCGCUAUCGUUCCUUUUGCCGCUGCCUGUCGCUCUACUUGCAUGCGCUGCCCCGACGACGGCGACGAGACGAGAGAAGCCGGCUUCUGUCUGCAGUCCCCCGCUUCGAGAGCCAUGAGAGACCGGCUGCAUCCUGCAACGCCCUCAGCCCUCAUCUAGAUGAGGCUCCGCCUUCGCAACCGCCAAUCCCGCCUGUCCGAUCCUCCAGUGCCUGCUCGCAGCUUCGCGUGAACCAAUGUCGUGGGACCUGCUGCAGCGAUUCCUCGAAUCCGACGUCUUCAAUGCGAAUCCUUUCCUCUCCGUCUCCUACCUCUCUCGCUACGCCGACCAUGUAGGCAUUCAUUAUGUCCUCUGCAACAAGCUACGGCAAUUCCCGUACGAGGACAUCGAGUUCUUCUUGCCGCAGCUAUGCCACCUCAUCAUCAGCGUCGACAAUGAGUCAAUGGCUCUGGAGGAAUUCCUGCUGGAUCUAUGCGAGGAGUCUGUGACUGCCGCAUUGUUGACCUUUUGGCUCUUCCAGACUUAUCUGCACGACCUAUCCUCGAACCCGCAGUCCAAUGCCUUCCAGACGUGUCGCCGAGUCUACAAUAAGGUGCAGCAUAUUGUCUUUGGGCUGGCAGACACUGCGCGCCAAAACAAGAUCAAAGAAAAUGUCCUGCCCGUUGCCGUGCUUUCCAGCUUUGUCCUCGCGAGCGUCGCUUUGCCAAUGAUACCCAGAUGGGCUGGCCCUCUUGCUGUCGCGCAGGCUCGCAAGCCUCAGCCCAUCACCGAAGAUGCUUCAGACGGAAGUGAGACGCCAAAGCCCAUCCCGGCCGCCUCCCCAACAAAGCCAACAAGAGCAAACACCAUUGCCAGUCCAAUCUCGAAACCCCGGCGCGUCAAGGAGCCAAAAUCCCCGAUCGCAUCCGAUCCCAGCCUGGACAUGGACGCUCGCCCCUCGCCUCGACGAGCAGGCUCUCAGGUCCCAAUAUCUCACUCGCCGUUGAACCCGGCCUUUAACCCUGAUUCGAAAAGACCGUCUGCGUUGGACAUGAAAUCUCUCGAGGCGAGGCUCAGCACCGCAUCUCUACCUCUGCCGUCGCCGAGAGGCCCAUCGCGACCAUCAACUCCCGUCUCCGCAGGAGUCAAUGCAAGGCCGGCGGAUGGCAUCCAUCGACGACAUUCUCACCACUUCAAGUCGCACUUAAGUCCGACGAACCUCUCGCCAGCGCAAAAGGCACAGCUUCUGAGACAGCAUUAUUUCCGAUCGCAAACUCAAUUCUUGUCUGCCCUGGAAGGCAUCUCCAACCGGCUGGUCGCCGUCCCGAAACCCGCCCGCAUGAGCGCUCUGCGAGCCGAGCUGGCCCUGAUUGGCAGAGACCUGCCUGCUGAAAUCGACAUUCCCAUCAUUUGCCCGCCGACGCUGAUUGACGGGGCGCCGGGCAAGAGUCGCCAUCAUCGAGUUGUGCGACUGAACCCUGCCGAGGCCACGGUUCUGAACAGCGCCGAGAAGGUGCCGUAUCUACUGAUGAUCGAGGUGCUCAGAGACGACUUUACGUUUGAUCCCGAGAGCCCGGACAACCAGCGGCUGUUGACCACACUUCUCGGUGGCAGCGGGCCUACCAAAAGGCUAUUCGACCUCUCUUCCGAGAUUCCCAGGGCUGCCUCGGCCGUUCCGCCUCCCGAGCCCAUCAUCGACAGCGUUUUCGAGCCCACUUCGGGUGAUUUGGGGAGUUCACCGCUGCUCAAACCCUUUGACGACGAGCCCCCGUCCGUUGGUUAUCACUCGAAGCACUCUACCGACCAGCGAUUCUCUAGCGGAGCGACGACUGCGUCUACGACGCUGGAUGCCAUGACACCGCGCACGUCGGGGCCCUACUCUUCUCGAUCGCCCAGUCCCGGCUCUCGACGCCGGAUGACGCUCAACAUGGCUCGCGCCGACCAGCCCGAUUUCUCCGCGCUGGCCACGCACAUGAGGACAGCCUCUCAGAUGCUCGCCCAGCUCGAGGCCACGAGCGGCAAGCGGCCCAAGCACGAGGUGGCUGCGAUCCGGGCCAAGAUCAUUGCGAGCAUGCAGAGCCUUGAAGAGCAGAGCUUUGACGCAGACGAGCAAGGCCCCACGUUCGACACCAUCAUGGCCAAGGCCAGCACGGCCAGUGCCAUUCAGGGUGUCGAUCCGGAUCUGGACGAGGAGGAGGCGCCGGUCGACCCCAACAUCAACGCCAGCGCGGGCAGGGAGAGGAUGGAAAACGACAUCAAGACGGGAGGCGUCCAGCGCCGUGGUGAUCGCGACGACCCUAGUGCGGCUGUCUUUGGAGAAGCCUGGGAGGCCAAGAAGGAGCGGAUCCGCAAGUCGUCGCCCUACGGCUGGAUGAAGAACUGGGAUCUCGUCAGCGUCAUUGUCAAGACGGGCGCCGACCUGAGACAAGAAGCCUUUGCGUGCCAGCUCAUUAGCGUUUGCCACAAGAUCUGGGUGGAAGCAAAGGUGGACGUCUGGGUCAAGCUGAUGCGCAUUCUCGUUACCGGAGAGUCGUCUGGCCUCAUUGAGACGAUAGCCAACGGUGUUUCGCUCCACUCGCUCAAGCGCAGUCUCACGCUCGCAUCCAUCGAGGCUGGAACGAAUCCCCGGCACCGGAUCGCCACGCUCAAGGACCACUUCAUCAAGGCAUUUGGCCAGCCCGACAGCAAGCCCUACAAGGCCGGCCUCGACGCGUUCAAGCGCUCACUAGCCGCCUACAGCAUCAUCUCUUACAUCUUGCAGCUCAAGGACAGGCACAAUGGCAAUGUGCUCAUCGAUAGCGAGGGACACAUUAUCCACAUUGACUUUGGCUUUAUGCUGUCCAACUCGCCAGGCUCCGUCGGAUUCGAGGCCGCGCCAUUCAAGCUCACGCAUGAGUACGUGGAUGUCCUGGGAGGACUCAACUCGCCAGAUUUUGAAGAUUACAAGAAGUUGUGUAAACAAGCCUUUCAAGCUCUUCGACGCUCGGCAGACUACAUCAUCGACCUGGUCGCCAUGAUGGGCAGGGACUCGAAAAUGCCGUGCUUCGCCGUGGGCGUCGCGCACGCCACGACGACGCUCCGCCAGCGCUUCCAGCUGCAUCUCAGCGCGGACGAGGCGGAGAAUUUUGUCGAGACGGAUCUGAUUGCCAAGUCGUAUGGCAGCUAUUACACACGACUGUACGAUACCUUUCAAUAUCGCACACAGGGUAUAUAUUAGACGUACAAAAUCAUUGUUCAAGCACGGUAUCGCCAAGGCUCGCCCCUUCACCUCAAACGCUCAAUGUUGAUCCUCAAAUCACUGGAGGGUGAAAGGAGGCAAACAACACAAAAGAGGUUGGGGUUGGUCAAACAGUUUCCAGGAGGGUAGAUAUCAAUGUUGCGUUUGAUCUUGAAGGAAAAAGAGGGCGUUGUGUGUUGCCCCAUAUAUCAUAUAUACCGAGAGGAAAGAAUAUCAAACAUAAUCUUGGC